UUUGUGGUCGUGAAGCGAAGGGGUUUUGAAAGAAAAAAAAAAAAAAAGGAAAAAAGAAAAACAAAACCAGGGAGACGGAGAGGGGAGGGAGGGACGAAAAACCUGAAGCUCAGAUAGGUACAGCAGGCCAAUACUUCUCAAUUAACUCUGAAGAAAAAAUUAAAUAUCUUUUUCUGUGUGUCUUUAUAGUCUCUGUCUCUCUCUCUCUCUCUCGCUAGCUGUGUGUACAGUACCUCUCAUCCUUAUCUUGGCCGAUGGAUCGAUUCGAUUUGCUUUCUUCAAUCAUAGAGCUUUGCAAAGGAUUUGGAUAAUGCUCAGUGCAACUUUGUGAAUCCCUUAGUCAGAAGUCUUCUUAUGCAUGUAAAGUCUUUUUGCUCUUUCCCCAUUUAACCCCCCCCCCAAAAAAAAAAAAUAGAGUAGAGAAUGAGCUUGUCCAAUAAAGGGGCCCCUACCAAUGAUAAAAAGCUAAGUUCCCCAGGUAAGGUGACCAGUUUGAAUCCAAAUGCUGCAGAGUUCGUUCCCUUUGCUCUCAGAUCAUCCUCUGGAAGCACUAGUACUGCAGAUGUGUCUACAGGCUUAGGUGUCUCUGUGUCUGGGACAUUAGGAAAAGCAGUACUAGAUCGAUCAGAGUCAUCAAUUUCAAAUAAUUCUGAUGAAGAGGCUCACCAGUACUGGCGCCACCAGCUCCCUGAUGAUAUCACUCCUGAUUUUAAGGUUAUGGGGGAAUAUGAAUCUCAGGGAAUCAACAACAUUCCUUUUUCGACCCUAUCCUUACAAGAUGGCAAUGAAACCUUGAGGUUCUCUACUUCUAUGAGUAGUGGUUUUAUGUUGAAAGAACAGCAUGAAUUGUCUUCUCAUGGAAUCAAUGGGAACAACUUUGAGAAUAUGAGAUAUUCUGUUCCAUCCUACAGUGAAGAUGCAUCAUCAGCAAACUUCCUUCAUUUCCCAAAUAAACCCUGGGACAAGCCAAUUGUGAGCAAUGAUCAGCUUAUUUCCAAUGUUAGAGAGGGGCCUCUUUAUAAUGAUAAUUCUAGACAGGGUAUGCUAAAUGAGCAAGAGAUGGCAGAGCAUAUGGAGAUCAAUCCUCUUGAGUUUUUGGCCUCACAAUUUCCUGGUUUUGCUGCUGAGAGCCUUGCAGAGGUGUACUUUGCAAAUGGAGGUGACUUGAACCUGACAAUUGAAAUGCUUACUCAGCUUGAGCUGCAAGUUGAUGGUGGUUUGAAUCAGAAUCUCAACUCAAAGGCCUUGUCAGCACCAAAUCUCAGUGCACUGGAUUUUCCUGCACUUUCUGUGCAUGAUGGUCAAAAUGGUUUGCCAAAAUAUGCUGGAGAUGAUAUCCAACAAAGUGGUAGUCCUUACCGGUCUUCCAGCAAGGACAGUAUGCUUUUAUUCAAAUCUAGCUCUUCAAUCCCUACGAGAGGUGCUACUGAUUUUGCUUCAGCUGUCAGGAAAAUGUCAUCUCAGGAUUCUGGUAUAUGGAAGUAUGAACGAAAUGGUUCUGCUGAUGCUAGUGUUGGCUCAAGUAGAAGUGCACAUCUUUUGGCUAGCUCUUACAGCAGCGGGCAGGGGAGGAGCAUCUAUGGUGAUAGAUUACAAAGUCGGAGUUCAUCCCGGACAGCUCCUGUUUGGCUAGAAACUGGAGAAGCAGUGGCAAAUAUGUACUCUGAAAUGCGGGAGGAAGCUCGUGACCAUGCACGCUUACGUAAUGCGUACUUUGAACAGGCACGGCAGGCUUAUCUAAUUGGUAACAAGGCUUUAGCAAAGGAACUGAGUGUGAAAGGGCAGCUACACAACAUGCGCAUGAAGGCAGCUCAUGGAAAAGCUCAAGAAUCUAUUUAUCGUCAGAGGAAUCCGGUUAGUCCUGAGAUGCAGGGUAAUGGGAGGGGACAGGAGAGGAUAAUAGACUUGCAUGGACUGCAUGUGAGUGAAGCCAUUCAUGUCCUUAAGCGUGAGCUGUCACAGUUGAGGAGCACAGCUAGGACAGCGGAGCAGAGGCUGCAGGUUUAUAUAUGUGUCGGAACAGGCCACCACACUAGGGGUUCUCGCACUCCUGCGAGACUUCCAGUUGCCAUCCAGCGCUAUCUGCUUGAGCAGGAGGGCCUUGACUACUCUGAACUACAGCCAGGGCUGCUUCAGGUUAUGAUAUAUUGAGAGUCAGGGACGUUUAGGAGGACGUUUUUGACACACAGCAGCCAUAACCCAAGAAAUCAGUUAUCAAACAUUCUUGUAUCUUGUAUCUUGUAUAUGGGGAGUAGUCCGGUUCUGCAAGAGGAAAAAAGGAAAAAAGGAAAAAAGAAAAGACAAUUUCUGAAGGGAAAAAAGAAAGUCAGAAAUGUGUCAUUAAGGUUUAAUCAGUCGGUAGUGGAAUUACAUUUGGGAGCAAUUGGGGAUCUCCAUCGGCCGGUCUGUGGGCACUCUUUUGUAACUUUGUAUCUUUAUUCUUUUUUUUUUUUUUUUUUUUCAAUUUCUUUUAAAUUUCAGUUGUAACUGUUAGAUUUGAUUUACAUGAUAGUUCAAUUUCUCAUGCA